AUGAUGUUUAUGUUGGGCCCAAACACAGCAAGUGGUGCGGACAAGAAGAGGGCACAUUGCCCUCUAGUGGCAAUAGAGAAUAUUGUCCAAGAUGUUGUCAUUUCUCAGUCAGCAUACAGAAAGUUAAGUCUUCAAACUGGAGCAUCUGUUACCAUCCCAUGUCUUUAUGAUAGGAAAUAUUUACAUCAUAAGAAAUACUGGUGCUAUCAUGCUGUUUCAUCAUACAAUUCCUGCAAAAUUCAGGCGUAUGCCAACGAUACACAGGGGAAAGUAACAGUAACUGAUAAUCCAUCUGAGAGUCUCUUUACUGUGACUAUGAAAGAUCUCCAGACAGGAAACACUGGAGGUUACUGGUGUGUUGAAGAGAUAGCAGGACCGACGUAUGAUGUUUCAGAAUACCUUUAUAUCACAGUGAAAGCAGCAAUAAUCAUCAGUGAUGAUGGGAAAAGGUCAUUCAGUGUACAGAUGAGUGGACUGAAGAAGAGUGAUGGUGGCUGGUACUGGUGCAGUGCAGGAGAUCUGGAGGUUCCUGUUCACAUCAGUGUCCAUGAUCCACCUCCAGUUGUGACUACAGCAGUAACUACAACCACUAAUGAUGUCACUACGUACACGUAA